GUGCGCGAGACUCCAUGAUCUUUUUCUCUCAGCGAAUAAAUGUCAUUAAAACUUUAUAUUAAAAAUAUUCCAGUUUAAGUCAAAUAUGGAAACCACAAUUAACAAAUUCAAGAAAGGAAAAAAAUCACGAAACUAAAAUAAAAAUACAUAAAUCAAGAAACGAAACGGGCACUGGUUUUAAAGCAGUGACGCCGUUACACGUUGGCGUGAAAAAGAAAAUGAGAGGAGCAACCAGUUCUGCCGGUGGUGGCAGCAGCACCACCACCGCGGUCGCUGAAUCUGCUCCAGCAAAACGGAAAUCAAAAAAACCUAAAUACUCAAGAUUUUCACAGCAAGAGCUUCCUGCAUGCAAACCAAUUCUUACUCCUGGAUGGGUCAUUACAGCAUUUGUCGCGGUUGGGAUAAUCUUCAUUCCUAUUGGUUUGAUUACCUUGUUUGCAUCAGAACAUGUGGUUGAAAUUGUGGAUCGGUAUGACAAAGAUUGCAUUCCUUCUAUUUUUCGAAAUGACAGCCUUCAAUUCAUCCGAAGUAGUACCACUAACAAGACAUGUACCAGGAGUUUGACUGUUCCAAAGAGAAUGAAAAGUCCCGUUUUUAUAUACUAUGAGCUUGACAACUUCUAUCAGAACCAUCGUCGAUAUGUGAAGAGUAGAAGUGACAAACAGUUAAGGAGUAAAGCAGGUGAGGGUGACACAGAGAGUUGUCAACCGGAAGCUUUUGCGCCAAAUAAUGCUCCAAUAGUUCCUUGUGGUCUUACUGCUUGGAGUAUGUUCAACGACACUUAUGGGUUUUCACUUAAAAACAAGGCCUUAGAUGUCAGCAAGAAAAAUAUAGCAUGGAAAAGUGACCAAGAUUACAAAUUUGGCUCUGAUGUCUAUCCUAAAAAUUUCCAAAAUGGAGACUUGAUCGGAGGUGCAAAGCUCAAUUCUAGCAUACCUUUGAGUGAACAAGUGGAUCUUAUCGUUUGGAUGCGUACUGCAGCACUGCCAUCUUUCAGGAAACUUUAUGGGAAGAUAGAGAUGGAUCUCGAAGCUAAUGAUGUAAUUACAGUUACUAUAAAUAACAACUAUAAUACUUACAGUUUUGGGGGCAAGAAGAAGCUGGUUCUUUCGACAACAAGUUGGAUUGGUGGAAAAAAUGAUUUCCUUGGAAAAGCAUAUCUUUCUGUCGGCGGAAUCUGCUUGUUCUUUGCAAUAAGCUUCAUACUUGUAUAUGUGAUCAAACCAAGGCCCCUUGGCGACCCGUCUUAUUUGUCGUGGAACAAGAAUCCAUCAGGAAUAUGAAUUAGAGCCCUCAAAAUGGCUUUCUUACAGUGUGCUGGUCGAGACAUGAGUGCAUCCUACUCGGAACAUGGAGCUUUGGAAUGAUCCAUAUUUAGCAUUUUUAUAAAUGCGAAAGGUAAUUAGUAGAUGUAGUAGUACCUCUAGUAGAAUUAGAAUUUUGAGCUUUGUCUUGUUUUAUCUUGUUCUUCACGAGUCUGCUAAAGUAAUGAAUUUGAAAUGGGUUGAUGAUGCACAUGUUUGUUACUCUAGUCCCAUUUUUAAAUACAAUCACACAUCCUUUUUGAA